AUUACGAGGUGGUCUAUUCAUUCUUGUUUUAAUUUAUUUCCUGUAUUAAAUUAGUUCUUGUUCUUUUUCCGCGUUUCCUCUGUGUUAGUAACAUUUGUGUACCAAUCGAACGAUUCAGAGACCAAAAACUUAACAAAGAUCUCUUUGUUCUCUCCAAUACCCAUUUUUAGGGUUUUUCAUCUCUCUCUUCUGUUCAUUCAAUCUCCAUUUUUCACCCGAUUUCUUCACUGGAGUACAGAAAUGUUGACUUAUAGACUAGGAUGAGUAAGACUGAAUUAUCAACGAUGAAGCAACCACCUGUUCCGUUGGCAACACUGAUCGGGCGUGAGCUACGGAAUAGAAAAACAGAGAAGCCUUUUGUGAAGUAUGGACAGGCUGGUUUGGCAAAGAAAGGCGAAGAUUAUUUUCUAAUCAAGACAGAUUGUCAGAGGGUUCCCGGGGAUUCUUCAACGCUGUUUUCUGUCUUUGCGAUCCUUGACGGGCAUAAUGGUAUAUCUGCUGCUAUUUUUGCGAAGGAAAACAUACUAAACAAUGUCAUGAGUGCAAUACCGCAAGGUAUAAGCAGGGAGGAAUGGCUUCAAGCUCUGCCUCGGGCUCUAGUUGUCGCUUUCGUCAAAACUGAUAUGGAAUUUCAGAAAAAAGGAGAAACAUCUGGAACAACAGCUACAUUUGUUAUUAUCGAUGAAUGGACUGUUACGGUUGCAUCUGUUGGAGAUUCCCGAUGCAUAUUAGAUGCCCAGGGUGGUGUUGUUUCUCUCUUGACAGUUGAUCACAGAUUGGAAGAGAAUGUAGAAGAGAGGGAACGUGUUACUGCCAGUGGUGGUGAAGUAGGAAGACUCAAUGUAUUUGGAGGCAAUGAGGUGGGGCCACUUCGCUGCUGGCCCGGUGGAUUGUGCCUUUCUAGAUCGAUAGGCGACACAGAUGUUGGAGAAUAUAUCGUCCCAAUACCACAUGUUAAGCAAGUGAAGCUUUCAAAUGCUGGCGGAAGGCUUAUCAUAGCUUCCGAUGGUAUUUGGGAUACUUUGUCUUCUGAUAUGGCUGCCAAGUCGUGUCGUGGUGUACCUGCAGAACUUGCUGCAAAGCUGGUGGUUAAGGAAGCUCUAAGGUCAAGAGGACUGAAGGAUGAUACAACCUGCCUUGUUGUAGAUAUUAUUCCUUCAGACUACCCUAUGUCGCCAAUGGCAACAAUUGCUAGAAAGAAACAGAAUAUGCUAAGUUCACUUCUCUUUGGAAAGAAAUCUCCAAACUCUACAAAUAAAGGAACUAAUAAGCUUUCUGCAGUUGGGGUUGUGGAAGAGUUAUUUGAAGAGGGUUCUGCAAUGCUUACAGAGAGGCUAGGUAACGAUGUUCCUUCCAAUACAAAUUCUGGUAUUUACCGCUGUGCGGUUUGCCUAGCAGAUCAACCCUCUGGUGAUGGUUUAUCAGUCAACACCGAUCAUUUUAUCACUCAAGUAUCUAAACCACGAGAAGGUCUAUUCCUCUGCGCAAACUGUCAGAAGAAAAAAGAUGCCAUGGAAGGAAAAAGGUCUUGAAGUCGUCUUCUGAGUGACAACAAUAUAGUUUACUAUCUAGUAUUCCAUUUUAGUAGCAUAGUAAAUAUUAGUAUUUUUUUUCCCCUGGCAGUGUGAGCAAUGAUUGGUUCUACAUUUGGGUGAUGAUUUUCAUAAGUGUGUAAAAGAUGAGGUUGAGAUAGUUAGGUUAGGUCCAUUGGAGGUUGUUGCAAAUUGUUUUUUGGCUUGUGCUCAGCUGUUGGACUGACUGACAAGAACAAAGAUGUUUAGUAGAUAAAUUCUAUUUGUUUGAUUGCUAACGUCUUGUAACUAACCGAUAAUUUCAUGUUUAACAGUAUACAUCCCGUUUGCUUCUA